ACAUAUAAAUAUGCCUUGGACGCAUUCCAAGAAAACCCCAAACCCAAACACCUCACUCAUCCCAGGGAUCGACGACGGGACUCUGGGUUGUCUUCAAUUCUUCUUCGCCUCUCUUCCACUGCUAGCGAACAUGGUUUACGUCACAUCAUGGGACGAUUUCGUGGAGAAAUCCGUCCAGUUGUUCCGCGCCGAUCCCGAAUCCACGCGUUAUACGAUGAAGUACAGACACUGUGAUGGUAAAUUAGUGCUCAAGGUCACCGAUAACCGUGAGGAUUUGUUAGAAUUUUUUAUGCGCGAAAGGCUGGGAGGCUAUAAUCCAUGCUUACCUCUUCAUUAUAUCCUGCCGUAUGGUAUUGUGCAGAAUUACUGAAUCAAGAUGUGAUUAGAUGGUUUUUAAAGGAUAUCUAUAGGCAACAGUUGGAUUAAAGACUGGUAAUACACUCUUUAGUUUUGACAAGAAUCAAUAUGUGAAACUGGCCAGGCCUAAUGUCAUUUUCCUUGUAUCGUCCAAAGGUUUCACUUGAAAUGCUGCAAUUCUAGGUUUUUCAAUCAUCUUCCUUUAAAUUUACAUAUUUUUCUCUCGUGAAGAUACAAUAGGACUUCGAUAAAGAAGUUUGCAAACAAAUCGUUGGCCUAAAUUGUCAUUGAUUAGUUUGAAGGCUGGAAAUCACUUUCAGGUAUGAAAAAUGCAGUCCUAGAUUUAGAAGGAGAAAUGAGUCUCUAAUUUAUAGUUCAUUGUUUAGGCAAAACUUUAUGUUCAAGGUGUCACAGAAACACCAUAAAUAAUGAAAGCCCGAUGCUUUUCUUUUCAUUUGAUAUUUGCUUUCGGAGUCUAGUAGUCUUACUAUUAGGGUGCUAUACAGUGUCAAUGUGAAAAUGAGCUGUAGUGUGAUGAGUGACUUGCCAAUGAUUUUUUGCAUUUGGAAAGUUGUUGUGGUAAAUAGAGAAAGCUGCUAAAGUGUUUGAAAAAGUUGGAUAUUAUUGAUCUUUUGGAACAGGAAAGUUGCAUAUUUCCAGUGUAAAAGCUGGAGUUGUCUGGAAGAAUUAGUUGGGA